AUGGGGAGGUUGUUUGAAUGCGCUGCUAUUGCGGCGCUGCUACUUAUCUUCCUGCACGUCUCUUUAGCUGCUCCCGUCUUUGGAACAGAUGAAAACGAAGAAGCAGCAGCUGCUGCUGCUGCUUCUCCAGCAGCAGCAGCAGCAGCUCCAGCAGCAGCUGUGUAUCCACUAAAGGCACUGGCAGAAGCCGCCGCAGCGUCUUCUGCUGCAGGAGAAGCCGCUGCAGCAGCGGCACGUGCUUCCGCAGAAGCAGACCAGGCAGCAGCUGAUGCUGCAGCAGAAGCAGAUGCUGCAGAAGCUGAUGCUGACGCUGCAGCAGAAGCAGAUGCUGCAGCAGCAGGGACUUCGCUGCAGCAGCUCAUGGAGGAAGUCUCAGGGCAGCAGUUCUUAAGGGCUUCUGCUGCUGCAGGGCAGCGGCCGCGUCGCUUAAUGGCUGCUGCGGGCGCGGGGCUGGUGAUGUUAGCUGGUGGGGCUCUUCUGCACGAGCACGCGGAUUCCAUUCAAAGGGCCUUUAAGACCAUGUCCAACAACUUCAAGUACAAGCCUUGGUCUUGGACUUGGUACUUAUGGAAGUUGCCAACAGUGGACGAGCGAGACUGGCCGGAGUUCCAGGCGGUGGCCGAUGGGCUGGAGGGUUUAUCUGGGUUCCCCUCUGGCGUAGCAGCGCCGCCGAUGGGGCCCCCCGGGGCCGCCGCGAGCGGGGAGGGCCGGCGGGGCCGGCGGCGGACGUUCGUGACGAUAGUGGAGCAUCCUUCGGAGAGUUUGUCGGAGUUUUUGGAGUUGAAUUCGGAAGAAAGAAAAGAAGGAAUUGCAAUAAAAGGAAGGAGCUACCGGCCGGAGUUUGGGAAGGAGCAGACGGCGUGGGAAGUGUACGCAAUGCAGCAGCACGUGCCGCAGCAGCAGCCGCUGCUGCUGCAGCUGCUGCGGGCGUACAGGUCGCGGCGCAGCGAAAACGUGUACCUGGUGCUGCCGCGGGCCUGCUGCGACUUUUCCCAGUACUACCGCGACGCGCCGCGCAGCGUGGAGGUGCUGUGGGCAGCAGCAGAAAUGGCUGCUGCUGUUGCGCUGCUGCACCGCGGCGGCUUCCUGCACAGAGACUUGAAGCCCCCCAACUUCUUCGUGGGCCUCGACGGCCACGUGCGCCUCGCGGACUUCGAGAUGCUGUGGCCUCUGGGCCAGCCCUGCCCGCAGGAGGAGGCCACGCACACGCGGGGCUUCACAGCCCCCGAACUCCGCCGUUUUUCUUCAUUUGUGCCUUUUUCGCCCAAGUCCGAUGUCUACGCGCUGGGCAUGGCCUUCGCCCGCAUGCUGGUCCGCGUCCGCAAGUACCAGCCGGUGCCGCGGGAAGCUGCGCUCGUCCGUCUUGUCCUCAAAAUGGUCAACCCCGACAUUUCCAAAAGAGCUUCUCUGCAGCAAGUCCUCAACGACGAGUACUUCGACGGAGUCGACUGGGCCCUCGUCGAGGCCGGCCAGGGGCCCCCGCCCUGCCCCCUCGCCAGGCAGGUCAUGGAAAGGUACUCGGCCGCCAGGUCCAGGCUCGCCCAGCAGCAGCAGCAGCAGCAGCAGGGGGAGCUGCAGCAGCAGCGCGCGGAGCUGCAGAGGAAGCGCAAGAGCUUCAGACGCUCCAGAGCCCAAAAACCCAAACCCCAGCAGAACGCCGAACUUGAAGAAGAACAGUUCCGAGUCCUCAAGGAACUGCAGCGCGAACAGGAAGAGCAGCAGCGGGAACAGCAACAGCAGCAGGAGCAGCACGACAACCACGAGCACCAAGACCAGCAGCAGCAACGGGACGAACGGGAGCAGCAGAAGCAACGGGGGGAACGGGAGCAGCAGGAACCCCGUGAGGAGCCUGUGCAGCAACAGCAGCACGAGCAGCAAGAGCUGCACGAGCAGCAAGAGCUGCACGAGCAGCAGGAGCUGCACGAGCAGCGCGAGCAGCAGGAGCCGCAGGAACAGAAGGAACAGCACGAGCUUCACGAGCUGCAGGAGCCGCAUGAGCGGCGAGAGCAGGAUGUGCAGCAGGAGCAGCAAGAGCAGCACGAGCAGCAGGAGCAAGUGCAUGAGCAGACAGAAGAGCAGGAGCAGCAAGAGCAGCAGGAACAGAAUUACGAACAGGAAGAGGAGCAAGAGGAGAAAGAGAAGCUGGGGCAGGGAGAGAAGCUGGAGCAGCAGCAGGAUGACGCAACUGUGGCAGCCCCACAAGAAUGGCAGCAGCAGCAGCAGUAG